AUGUCACCGCCCGCCUAUCACUCCGUCACCACCGUCUUAUCUCUCCGUCACCACCCAUGCAUCACUCCGUCACCACCGUCUCAACUCUCUUCUUAUCCUCGUAUCACUCCGUCACCACCCUCGUCUUACCGUCGUAUCUCUCGGUCACCGCAUAUCACGGCUCGUAGAUUGAUCAAUCCCAUUUCAACCUAA